GGCCCGCGCAGGCUCUGGAGGAAAAUCCGCUGCUCCUGCCCGAGCCGCGGGGCUGCGGCGCGGCCUGGCCGCGCUCUCACGGCACGGAGAAGGUCCUGGCACCUUCCGGCCUUCUGAAAUCCAGCUCUUUUACUGCAUCUCGCUCACCUCGCCAAAAUGCAAAAGCAUUUUAACCUCUUUUUGUCUUUUUUUAUUUUUUUGUCUUUUUCUUUUGGGUUUUUUUUUUUUUUUUGUACUAUUGUCGUUCCCUUCUUUUUUUUUUCCUGUGGAACUUCUAAUAGAACGGGAUAACGAGAAGCUGCUCCUCUAGAAAAAUGGCCUGCAAUAAUGCAAAGAUUUUUGUUUUGUUCUCUGAUAAAGGCUUAUUUGUGGUGCUUUUUCAUCCACAAAAAAUGAUGUGACUUCCGUGCAAGUUUAGAUUUUUUGUCAAUGCAUGGCUGCGGUUGAGCAGCUCUACUUAACUUUUAAAAUUUUAAGGUUUCAUUUUGAGCUAUCAGAGUAUUGUUUUUGCCAUCGUAUGUAGAGGGAUACCAGUAUUUGUAAGGAAUGUUAUUUCUAGUCCAGUGACACAGGAGCUGCAACCUUAUAGUCUUUCAAAGCAAACAUUUCCUCUUUGUUUUAUCGAGAUUCUCUAUCAAAUGUCUAUCAGCUAUCUUUGCAGACUAUAUACCAAAUAUUUCUAUUGUAGCUUCUAAGUGAUGGUACCUGAUAAAUGAAGUUAGAUUGUCUUUAACUAGCAGUUUUUUAACAUACCCGUAGUAGAUUGUUAGCUUUGUGCGUUUGCCGUACAGCUUUAGAAUGGCAGGGUACGAUACAGCUGUGUUUUCAUAGCUUAUUUCUUUGUAUGUCUGCAUUAAUGCCUUGAGCUUCAAGCUGUGUUUGUGUCAAAAGCGAUUUGUCUGUUACACUGCAGAAAAGGAACCUCAGGAAUAUGUGGUCAAAUAAUAGAUUAUUGCUUUGGUAAUGGAUUGCAGUUUAAAUGAGAUGUAAAAAUAAACAUUUUGAAGGAGUUUUGAGAAGUGUAUUUCAAAUUGAUUUAAUAAUUUACUUAAAGUGUUCUCUUUGUAAUUGAUAUUUCAUUUCUACUACCCCAUCCGAGGAAGAGUAAUUUUGCUUUAUGUUAAAGGCUAAUACAAAGCAAAUACUUAAAAUAGUGUAAAAGGUACUUUAGGUAGAAAGUCACAUUGACUUUACUCUGUCUUCGUUCUUUUGUAGCUUUUGAUUCUUUUCUCAGAGGAAGGAAGGCACAGUGUUAAGUGAUGAAUGGUCCCUGGUAACAGGUGCACAAAUUAGGAUGCAAAAUAAGUCUUUUUCUUUUAGAAUACCUCCAGUUGUGUGCUGCUUCAGCUCAGUGAACAUUUUGCUGUCCCGUACUGUCCAGGAGAAGGGAAUUGUCAGGAGUUUGAGCAGCGGCCAGGUCCAAGUGCUGGCUGCUCUGGGAUGGGCACAGGGAUAAGGAUGAGGGUUCCUGCAUUUAGUUUAUUCAGGAUGGCUUCAUUCACCCUACGGCAUGUUGCUCUUGCCUUGCUAUUGCAUGUGAGUCUUCACCUUAAGAGUUUUGUGUUAACACGCUCAGCAUAGGUGGAGUCUUUGAGAAGCACUAUUACAAUUUUGGGGGGUCGUUAGCAGGUGCCUGUGAAGCAAAUUGUUUUCCUAAGGGCUUGGCUGAAUUUGGAUGGGUUUUUACACAGAUAAUCAGGGCAAUUCGUCGAGUUUCAGGCCUUACAAUGGCCAGAAUGCAAAUAUUCAUGAGGAGGGUGGGACGCACCUUGUGCUCUUUUAGUUACUCUUUUCCUGUCUGCUUGUCGUGAUACCUUCUUUCCUUUCUGUGCUUCCCGUGAUACCUUCUGUAUCUCCUGCAGCCUCUGACGUGUGUACACACCACAGCACCCCGAGACAGACUUUCCUUGCCUCUCACUGACUUUUUUUUCCUGUGUUGCUGCUACGUCUCUUGGACAUCUCGGCAGCUCACCAGCAGUGCUUUUUGCUCAGCAUUAAUUUGAGGCAGCUUGGUUUUUCAUCUCCUCUGUGCAAGGAAAUCAGUGCACCUGGUAAAGACAGCAUGGGCUGGGUAGUCUGUUCCUGUGGCUUGUGUCACAAAAGAUCCCAAAAGAUGGGAGGAAGGUUUCUGCUUAGCUUAUGAUCCCUAAGAUAUACUGUGAUCCAAACCGAUAGAUCCUCUUCCUGAACCCAAGAGUUCAGCUCUAAAGUGCAAAUUCCUGUAACUUAAGGUCUGCAUAGCUCUUGUUCUGAGCAUGGAGUGAGGUGUCUCUCCAUGGACACCAUUUUUAGGGAGGAGGGGAAGGAAGCCUUAUCACCCAUCUCAGCACAGCGGGAUUUAUGGAGUUUUGCCUGUACCUAAGUGUUACUUCAUCUGCCAUUGGUUGUAUUUAUUUAAGGGAAUAUGAUUUUGCUUCUCUCCCUCUGUGCACCAGGGAUCAGCAGUUUGAGCAGUUACUCAAAACCAAAUUGGACUAAAUUAGUAAAUGCUUCCAGAGACGUAGUCUGCUAAAUUGUGCUGGGCUACAUGGCUGAUUUUUAAUUGUGUAGUGGGACUGUACUUUGCUCCACCAAGAUAACACUUGUUAAAUAAAUGAAAUUUUCAGUUUUGAAGGCAAUUUACAGUUCCAGCAGGUUUUGCAAUUUUCAAGGUUGAUAUCAGAGUUACACUUAAAACUACGUAACGCUUAUUUUACUGUCUGCAGAAUGUUUUCCUCUGUAUACACUUGAGCAGAAAAUUGUUUUACCUACUUAAUACUCUUGGACUUCAUUUCUGAUGAUCGAUUUUUUUAGAAUUGGAAGAAGGGUCUGUAUUUGCAAGGUAGUUGGUUUGCUCAUAUUUUAAGUAUAUAGCUAACAUGGUGAUGCACAGAGUUUUGUAGGAUGUGUUUCAAGUUCUGUUUGUAAUCUGGCUUUGGCAAUUCAGGCUGCCCCUUUAGUUCCUGAAAUGCAAGCCUGUGCUAAAGCACUGCCAUUAACUGUCAUGGCUGAUGCUGAUACAUCUGUAAUGUACUUAUCAGAUUGCUAAUUAACUCACAGCCACACAAAACAACCCACUCAAAAUUCCUCUUUUUGUUGGCAGUCUCAGUGGAUUUGCAGGAUUUGAAGGGCCAUGGCCAGGAUUCAUUUGUUUUGGUCAUGUAAAUAAGAGACUUUUGUGAUUGCUUGACAGUUAAGAAGUUAGAAGUCUGUUUGGCAUGAAAGUAAAACAACAACAGAAAUAGGUCUCCAUUUCUUUCAGGUUUUUAGCCCUUAAGGAUUCAUCUAAUCACCAGAUGUUCCCAGUUUUACUUAAAACACUGAUAUAACUGGAGGUUUUAUGAUUUAAGGGAUAAGUAGCCCCAUGAAGUGCUUCAGAAGUUAACUGUAUAUAUUUUUUUUAGUGUGAGUAGUCAUUGCUGCUCAUUUCUAGGAAUGACUUAGAUACAGCUGUGACAUGGAUUGGCUGGAUGCCUUCUGCGUAUGUAUUUUAGCUAUAUAUACACUUGAUGUAAAAACAGACCAAACAAAAACCAGUAAUUUUAAAUCAGACUGAUUCAUCUAUUAAGUGUUUUAAAUCUGUUUCCCUUCAUACUUCCAGGAUGAAAAUCCAUUUGGAAUCAUAUGCUUUAUCUCACUAACAUGUGCUGUAAAAUUACUUUAAAGUUUGGGUUUUUUCAUCUUUGUUAAGCAUGUUCUAAGUAUUUUCACAAAAUCCCCUGACCUGCCAUUCAGCUUUUUUUCCUGAGUGUGCUCAUUAUGAUUAGUUACCCAAACUUUUUUUGACUAUUAAAAUACAAGUAACUUAUUACCAGUCAGUCUGCAGUAAAUAAAUGGGUUUGAGGCCCUUUAGAAGGGAAGGUGUGCCUGAGCACUGCUAAUACAAGUUUGGCCAGGAGAGAAGAAAUGUAUCCUGGCUGUGAACAAGAAAUACCACCUGCCUUGAGAGAAACUUGAUGGGCUGUUUUGCUAGUUUUGAAAGCAGUACAGUUUUCUCAGUGGUCUUUGACACUGCUGAUGAAUUGCUUAUUCAAGAGUGGAUUUCUGGACUGUAGAGGUAGACAAUGUUAUUAGCUCAGAUAAAUCGAGACUCUCAGGGAAUGACGGAAUUCUCUGGAGGAGGAAUGGAGGCUCAGCACGUGACUCUGUGUCUAACAGAAGCUGUAGCUGUGCAAGGUGAACCCUCAGAUGGUGACAACUUGGAAAACAUGGAAGGUGUAAGUUUGCAAGCAGUUACCCUGGCUGAUGGCUCCACUGCUUACAUACAGCACAAUUCUAAAGAUGGUAAAUUAAUGGAUGGCCAAGUGAUUCAAUUAGAAGAUGGUUCUGCUGCUUAUGUUCAACAUGUACCUAUGCCUAAAAGCAGGGAGAGCCUGCGUCUAGAAGAUGGACAAGCAGUUCAGCUGGAAGAUGGAACUACGGCAUUUAUUCAUCACACCUCAAAAGACAGUUAUGACCAGAGUGCACUGCAAGCUGUGCAGCUGGAGGAUGGAACCACUGCCUACAUCCACCACACAGUGCAGAUGCCACAGUCAGACACCAUUUUAGCCAUCCAGGCUGAUGGCACAGUGGCAGGACUGCACACAGGAGAUGCUGCCAUCGACCCAGACACCAUCAGUGCUUUGGAGCAGUAUGCAGCCAAGGUGUCUAUUGAUGGAAAUGACAGUGUUAGUAGCACAGGAAUUAUAGGUGAAAAUGAACAAGAUAAAAAAAUGCAGAUUGUCUUGCAAGGACACGGAACAAGAGUGACUGCAAAAUCUCAACAGACGGGAGAGAAAGCUUUUCGCUGUGAUUAUGAUGGCUGUGGAAAACUCUACACGACAGCUCACCAUCUUAAGGUGCAUGAAAGGUCUCACACAGGAGACAGACCAUACCAGUGUGAACAUCCUGGAUGUGGCAAAGCCUUUGCAACAGGCUAUGGGUUAAAAAGCCACGUGCGAACACACACUGGUGAGAAGCCUUAUCGGUGCACAGAAGAGAACUGCACCAAAUCCUUCAAGACUUCUGGAGACCUGCAGAAGCACAUUCGGACCCAUACAGGUGAAAGGCCUUUCAAGUGUCCCUUUGAAGGAUGUGGCAGGUCAUUCACAACAUCUAAUAUUAGAAAAGUUCACAUCAGGACACAUACAGGCGAAAGGCCUUAUUACUGUACAGAGCCAGGAUGUGGGAGAGCUUUUGCCAGUGCAACUAAUUAUAAGAAUCAUGUGAGAAUACACACAGGGGAGAAGCCCUAUGUCUGUACAGUUCCUGGCUGUGACAAACGUUUCACAGAGUAUUCCAGUUUAUACAAACAUCAUGUUGUACAUACUCAUUCCAAACCAUACAACUGCAAUCACUGCGGGAAGACCUACAAGCAGAUCUCCACCCUCGCUAUGCACAAACGGACAGCGCACAACGACACAGAGCCCAUUGAGGAAGAACAAGAGGCUUUCUUUGAGCCACCUCCAGGACAAGGUGAAGAUGUGCUCAAAGGCCCCCAGAUCACCUACGUGACAGGUGUAGAGGGAGAAGAUGUCAUUUCUGCACAGGUUGCUACAGUUACUCAGUCAGGAUUAGGCCAACAAGUAGCACUAAUAUCCCAGGAUGGAACCCAGCAUGUGAACAUAUCCCAGGCAGACAUGCAGGCCAUCGGCAACACCAUCACGAUGGUGACACAAGAUGGCACCACCAUCACAGUCCCUGCCCACGACGCCGUCAUCUCCUCCGCAGGAACGCAUUCGGUGGCCAUGGUCACUGCAGAGGGCACCGAGGGACAGCAGGUUGCAAUUGUGGCCCAAGACCUAGCAGCGUUUCACAGUGCCUCCUCAGAAAUGGGACACCAGCAGCACGGACACCAUCUAGUGACUACAGAAACCAGACCUGUUACAUUGUUGGCUACAUCCAAUGGGACACAAAUUGCAGUGCAGCUUGGAGAACAACAGUCUCUGGAAGAAGCCAUUAGAAUAGCCUCCAGAAUACAACAGGGGGAAACACCAGGGAUUGAUGAUUAACUUCCAAAACUGCUACCAGAACAAUAGAGUGAAAGGUAUUUUAUUUUCAACCAACAAAGGUCCAUGCCAGCAACAGCCCAUAAAAACUUUGAAGUCCCCCACUCAGUGAUACUGUGUACACAUUUUAUGCAAGAGUGAAGAACAUUUUCUAAGUUUUGUGUACAUAACCCUUGGAACAGACUGACAUCAUCUACUUCCAACCGUUGCAUUCAGGAGUAUGGAAUUAGGAUUAUAUAGUAAACUUCCUUGUUAUCCUUUCAUCAGAUUUCAGACUGGUCUACAAGCAAGUAAAAACAGAAGUAUUGGAAUUAAUUUUUAAUGUCAUGUACAAAUAAUGAAGGCAUUACUGAAGAUUUCAGCUGUUUAAAUAACCAUUUCAGGAACAUUACAAGUAAUAAAGGCAGCAAAGCCUUUUUAAAUUGCAUUCCAUUAAUGGAAAAGUCUUGGAUUUUGAGCCUACUACUGUAAAUCUUCGUAUUUUGAUUUGUUUCAUACAGAUUUGAAUACUCUUUAGAUUAUCUACCCCAUCUCAUUCAUUGUAAAUACAGACUGUUAAUGCUGGAAGUGCUAAUUAUAUUAUCUUUAAAUUGGAUUAUGUACAAAGAACUGGUUGUUCAAUAUUAAAGAAAGUAAAUCUAAUGAUUUUGUUUCUUCACAUAUUUUACUUAAGAUGUUACUCUCAAAUUAUUAUGCAAUAAAAUAUAGCAAGAUUGUAUUGUUUAGAUAGGAUGAUAUUGUUGUGUGAUGUAUUGUUUUACUUCUUAUUGAGACUGAAGUUCAAAUUAUUUAUUUACGGCCUUGUAUAAAUUUUUCCAAAGUUUAUUUAUCAUAAACUUAAUUUUUUGACAUUAAUUUUGAUCGUAAUCCACUAUAGUGUAUUAAGUAAAUACUGGUAAUAGUUAUUUCAGACAUUCUAAAACACUACAAGAGUGAUUUUCACUAAAAGGUGAAGUUACCCAUUUUCAAGAGAACUGUUUUCAAAUGGUGCAUUUGCAGCAAAAGUACAAGUACUAAUAGUCUAUUUUCAACAGUUCUGAGUGCCUACUGCUACCAUUCAGUACCUAGCAUGUGCUGAUAAUCAGUGCUUUUGAAAAUCAGGACACAAGUUACUAGAAAAAAGGAUUUGAUGAUGAUGUAAGUACAAUGCUCCUCUCCAACUAUCAUUCUGUAAAGGAAAAAAAUCCACUGUAGAUAUGUCUAAUACAUACAGCAAAAUGUAACUUCCAAUUUUUUUUAUAUGAAGAAGUGUUUUUACUCUUGUCUUGUUAGCAGGCUGGUUAAGCAAGUUAAAAUUUUUGGCUUCCUGUAAGAUUCAGUGCUUAUUUUAGAUUAGUGUCAAGAGCACUUGUGAAACUGAAGCCUCACCUUUUGCCUUCUCAAGGGAAGGACUGAACAUCCCCUGGACAAAAUCUUUAUUAAGGAAUCUGAAGUACUGUGAGGUGCACAUCCUAUAUGAAAAAAUAAAGUCCAUAACGAAGUACCUGGAGGUAUUUGACCUCAGAAAGGCCAAGUUUGAAUAGAAUGAGCCAAUUUAUUGUGAAUUACAGUGUGGGUUGCAGCCUUUUAUGUUUUCUACACAGAAAGCCAGCUGUAAAGUGCAGUGAGAGAAUACAGUACUGUGGGAUAGAUGGGGACAAAGCAAAGGCUAUUCUCUGCCUAAAUUACAAGGGAAAACUUGGAAACAUUUAGGUUGUUGGUAACUUUUGUAUAGGAUUGAGGUUGCUUGCUCACUUAGGUGCCGGUUUUCCUGAAAUGUUGUAAAUCUUGAUAUCCCAUGGAGAUAAAUGUACUAUGCAAGGAGGAUUAAUUGCCUGUCAACUAGAUCAGUUUCUUAGUACUUAUCACCUUUUAGAUAUUAAAGUUGUAUCAUUUGACAUGAAUGUUCAAA